AUUCACUAGCGCAUUUCAUGUCGAACCGUUCCCGUGGAAGCAUGCGUGUGCUUCGUACCGCGUGAGACACUCGUUCGGUGUGUGUGUUCGUGUCCGUGUCUCUGUGUACGCGCGCGUGUUUGUGCCCCUGGUGUACACGAGCUUGGUUUGGUCUGCUUUUCCGUGUUUGGCCGUUUUGGUUUUUCCCCCCUAAGGUGCAUGUGUGUUUGAGGUGUUAGAAGAGGUGUGUCCGUGUCAGGUUGAAUAGCUGCUUGUGGCGACGGAGAGUCAGUGCCAGUUGUCGGCAUUCGGAUUGUGUUUGUGCGAUCUGGGUGGCGGACAAUUCCAGCUUGGGUGCAAUUGGCUUUUGUCAUCCGCACUUUUCGAGGGGGUUCUCCGUGUCUAACCUCAGCUAACCUCCGUGUCUAACCAGCAUACCCUUGGAGUGAACGAUGGGCAGUACGGGGUACACGUGCAUAAGGCGGACGUUUUGUUCCUUCAACAUUCUCAUAUGGCUCUGUGGUAGCGGAUUCCUGGCGAUAGGCGUUUGGCUCCACUUUGCCUUCCCCGGGUAUGCCACGCUGCUGCCGGACCAUGCCGUACUGAGUGCGGACUGUAUGUUCAUAACGGUCGGUGUGAUCAGCUUCGUGAUCGCGUUCUUCGGUUGCUGCGGUUCUUGGUUCCAGUCACGAUGCUUCCUGGUGAUUUACUUUACGCUGGUUGUGCUACUGUUCCUCAGUGAGUUCCUGCUGGGUUCGCUGGCGUUUGUGUUCCGCGGAGGCAUUGGCCGCAUGCUAACCCAGGAGCUGAAGUACGGCAUCGAGAAGCACUACAAUGUGUCGGACCGGGGCGGAUUCCUCACACCGUCGGUUGCAUCGAUUUGGGACAAUCUUCAGGUGGAUCUACAAUGCUGUGGUGUUUCGUCGUACGAAGAUUGGUACGACAUCAGUGCGUGGCCGGGCGAGCGUUGGGUACCACAGUCCUGCUGCCGUUCCCAGUACAACUCCCUGUUUUCGGAGGGUUCCGGCGAUGAGCUAGCGAACGUUGACUGUCGGAAAGCUGGCAAUCCGGCCCUGCUGUGGGAUAAGAGCUGUGGUCAGAUUCUUCAGAUGUGGUUCGUACAGCGGCUUCAUAUAGUGGGAACGGUUGUACUGGUGAUAGGCUUCCUUCAGCUAUUCGGUCUAAUAUCAUCCAUGCUGCUGUUCUGCACCGUCAAACACAAACGUUCCUCCAAAACGUACAAAUCCUACUCACCCACCGUUGAUACGACGCUCAACCGCAAUGGCACCAGCGCGACCUACAUGGACGACUGACUGUAUGGCUGAGGGUGGGUUUCGGCGUCGCGGUGGACCACGUGUCGAACCUAGCUUCAGUAGCUUUUUUUUAUUUAAACAAAAUCGCAUCACACUCGACUAGAAAAACAACAAUACUCACGCUGGUCCCUGGCGGGAGAGAGAGAAAGAGAGAGAGAGAAAGAGAGAGAGAGAAAGAGAGAGAGAGAGAGAGGGACAUUGACAACAUGUGGUUGUGAAUGUGUACGUGCAUGCACGUGGAAGAUGAAGGAUGCACGUGUGAUCCUUGACGCAUAUACACGCCGGAGUUGCUGUGUGUGUGUAUAUGUGAAAUGAUUGUGCCAAAAAAGAAAACAAAACAACACAGACGACGACGAAAGCAAACUCACUAAACAAACACUCACGAAAAUGGACGAACAAAAAAAAAAUGCUGAAGUAGAAGAGAUAGGCGACCAAAAUGGAAACCAA